AUGGCCUCCAAUAUCCUACCGUCAAGAAUAAUACGCCAUCAGCUACAAACAAGCCUACAACAUCCCAUAAAAUUAAGAAAUCUUAGAAACUUUUGCGACUGCAAUAAACCAGACCAAUCAUCAGAAGACUCAUCGUGUGAGAGAUGCAUUUCAACCGCCAACGAUUGUGAAAAUGCUGAAAAUCAUAGACAACCUGAAGCGUUUCCUUGCAAACCUGACUGUCGCAAAGGUAAGCCUAAUAUCCUACCCAGAUCUUGCUUACCCUGGGAACAGGGAACCGAAAUAUGCCAAGAAGUGAAAAAAUUGCAGAGUCUCACUUGCGAACAUAUUUGUGAAGCUUUCGCUGGCCAGGAAAUUAUAAAGCAUCUGGAAUUGAAUGUUUGCGAAAAACGAAGGUUUAAAAAAUGCACGGAGAAAACUAACGAUGGUAGUCAGUGUAUGGAUUUCAAACCCAAAAUGGGAUUGUCCAAAAAAAUAUAUCCGAUGGUGCACGCUGGUAGUAAAAAUAAUAUCGCUGGGAGCCCUGUGAAGGAACAUUCUGGUUUUAUUAUACCUAAAAAAGAAAAUUGCGAAGACUAA